AUGUCGGCCUUCUCCGUCAGUGCCAUCUUUUGUCAGGACCGCACUGAGACGGGGCUGAUUAAGCGUUUCCGUGGUGAUGGUGUGCGCUACAAGGCCAAGCUGAUCGGGACUGAUGAGGUGACAGCGGCACGCGGGGACAAGCUGUGCCAAGACUCCAUGAUGAAGCUCAAGGGGAUGGCUACGUCUGCGCGCUCCAAAGGAGAGCACAAGCAGAGAGUCUUCCUCACCAUCUCCUUCGGAGGGAUCAAGAUUUACGACGAGAGAUCAGGGGUUCUGCUGCAUCACCACUCAGUGCAUGAGAUCUCCUAUAUCGCCAAGGAUACCCGGGACCACCGGGCCUUUGGCUACGUCUGUGGGAAGGAGGGACACCACAGGUUUGUGGCCAUCAAGUCUGGCCAGUCGGCGGAGCCACUGAUCAUUGACCUGCGUGACCUCUUCACGCUCAUCUACGACAUCAAGCAGCGAGAGGAGAUGGAGAAGAAGUCCCAGAAGGACAAGCAGUGUGAGCAGGCCAUCUACCAGACCAUUCUGGAGGAUGAGGUGGAUGAUCCAGUUUACCAGUACAUUGUGUUUGAGGCUGGACAUGAGCCCCUCCGUGGCCACCAAUCAGAGGAGAGCGUUUACCAGGUCCCUACCGCUACCAGUCACCAGAAGGGAGAAGGGAUCUAUGACGUCCCAAAACGCCAUUUUAUGACUAACAUCAACCACUUUGAUCUGUUCGGAGACAUGUCCACUCCCCCCUCGAUGCCCCCGUCCCCGGCCAACACUUUGGACCCCAGCAGGAGCCACCACCAGCACCAACACCAACACCCCCCAGAGUUGUUCACCGGCCCCUUCAGCCCCACCUCUGUCCCCUCAGGGUACAUGACCAUGGGGCCAGUCCAGGCAGCCCAGUGGGCCCAGCAGGGAUCCUUCUCUGGCCAGGCCCAGACCCUGGCCUUUGGGGUGCAGGGGCCCCUCCAGGUGACCCAGGUCCUCCCGGGAGGCCAGCCCGUCAUCUGGAGCCAGGCCAACAUCUUCCCUGCCACCCAGCAGCAGUGGGCUGCCAUGGCUGCCUACAUGCCCGCCCAGGCCGUGGGCGUGGGGGGUCACCACCUCCCCAUGAUGGUGCCCAUCACCACUGUGUGCCCUGGCCCCCAGGGCCUACACGGCGACCUCUCCUCCACCCCCUCCUCGGCCAUCACCAGCCCCCAGCACCAUGCGAUGGACCCCGCCCUGCUCCAGCAGCUCCAGCAGCAGCACAGUCUCAGUGGGGAUUCUGACGCGGGAGAAGGCCCCUCUUCGCUGGGCCUUGUCAUGUUGGGCAGCAGGUGUGGAACACCUGGGCCGAUGAGUCCCACUUCAAUGGGUCUGGGUGCUGUGGGCAGGUGUGAGACGCCUGUUAGCUUUGUCAUGAUGGCGAGGUGUGAGACGCCCGGCCCUGGUCCAGUGAACGUGCCUCCUGACACCCUGGUCUGUAGCCAGCUGUGCCUGGGGUCACCGGCUGUGAUGUCACCAUUGGCCUUGACCCAGGAAGAGGAAGGCAGCUGUAGUGACCUUGACCUCUCUCGGAUGACCUUGAGUCCUGGCACGUCCACCUCACCCUCCACUGACUCAGCGUCCACCCCAGCCUCCCAACCUGGACCGUCCUCAGACUCCGCCUCGUCCCAGACCAGUGACCCCCCCACAGACCACUCUCCCAUCCAAACACAGGCCACCCCCCCCAGCACCAGGGAGGAUGACUCGUCCACCACCACUACCUUGUUCUCUGGAUCCAUGUUGACGCCUACAGUCAGCCCAUGCUACUGCCCCCUCUGUGUUGCACUGUGCUGGCUCCUACUCUGGAGGAGGAACAGAUGGAUGAUGAUGGUGCUGAUGACAAAAGAGGACACAGUGAAAGGCAGCAUGGUGGAGGACUUUGUCUCUGUGGUUAGAGGGGGUGACAGUGAGUCCAUCACCUCACUGGCUGCCAAGAAGCUGCCCACGCCACAACUGAUGAGACUGUGGGGAGAAGCUGUGCAUUACAACCCUGACUUCAUCCGCAGAGCGGUGGGAAUACUGUCUCUCUUUCUACAUCUCCUUUUCUCUUCAACGCGACUGCGAUAUGAGCUGGUGACCUCCAGAGACUUCUCCCGUGCUAUCUCCCUGAAGAAGAACCUGAUGAGACAGCUCCUGCCGCUAUCUUUGACCCUAACAGAUAUAGCCAUAGCUGGAGCCUGCUGGGGUUCGUGGUCGCCCUGCAAGGAGAGGACUAAGACAAGGAGCCACCAGUGUAACAACCCUGCAACAGAGGCAUGGCCUGCAGAGGACUGGAAUUGACUGUUUCUGAUAUUGUCCCAGACUCUUAAUUGAAAUAAAGCUAAUAGGGGCGGCAGGUAGCCCAGUGGUUAGAGCGUUGGGCCAGUAACCAGCAGGUAGCCUAGUGGUUAGAGCGUUGGGCCAGUAACCAGCAGGUA